AUGGCUCCAUCAGCCUCCAUCAGAGAAGGGAUAUACACAAAGAAGCAUAAAGACCUGAAAGUGGCUAUUAUCUGCAGAAUCUGCUUCACAUUUGAAUGUAUAGGGGAUUGGAAGGGACCAUUUCCAUGGGCCAUCUGUCUCACAGGCUGCAGCACUAACAAAAAUCCCAGGAUGGUUUUAGUGCAUGUUGGAUAUCUGGUUCUUCCUGUUUUUGGCUCAGUAAGAAAUAGAGGGGCACAUUUCAACAGGCAUCAGCACAGCCAUGCUACCUCCUGCCGGCACCUCCACCUGGGCCCCCAGGCCCAGAUGUCACCUGAUUUCCCCCUCCCCCACCCGGGCCAGCCCCAGCCCGGCAUGAGCGCCCACCUGCCCCCCGCACACCAGCACGCCACGCAGCUCCAUCAACCCCUCGCUCCCCUGCCCACCCCGCAGUUCCAGGAUGUCCCAGGACCCCCCUUCCUACCUCAGGCCUUACACCAGCAAUACCUCAUCCAACAGCAGCUCCUGGAGGCUCAGCACCGGCGGAUUCUUCCACACUCCAGACGCACCCAAGAGAGAGUUCCCCUGCACCCUCCACGGCUACGGUCCGGCUUCGAUUACGCCCCCUCCAUGCAUGUCCCUCAGCCAAUCACACAGCAGCCCCGCUACCUGGCGGAAGGCACUGAUUGGGAUCUGAGCGUGGACGCGGGCCUGUCUCAUCAUCAGUAUCAAGUCCAGCAGCUCCCGCAACACUAUCAGCAUUACCUGGCAUCUCCCAGAAUGCACCACUUUCCCAGAAACACCUCCUCAGCACAAGUGGUUGUCCACGAGAUCAGAAACUACCCAUAUCCUCAAUUGCAUCUUCUGGCACUGCAAGGCCUAAACCCUUCACGCCAUGCGUCUGCAGUGCGAGAGAGUUACGAGGAGCUGCUGCAGCUAGAGGACAGGCUAGGAAGCGUGAACCGAGGAGCCGUCCAGACCACAAUCGAGAGGUUCACCUUCCCCCACAAGUACAAGAAGAGAAGACCCCAGGAGCUGAAAAUAGCCAUGGAUGAGGAAGAGUCGGACAUGGAUGAGAAAUGCACAAUCUGUCUGUCCAUGCUGGAAGAUGGAGAGGAUGUCAGGAGAUUACCCUGCAUGCACCUCUUCCACCAGGCAUGUGUGGACCAAUGGCUGGCCACCAGCAGGAAGUGUCCCAUCUGCCGGGUGGACAUUGAGACCCAGCUGACGCCUGACAGCUGAGGUCUCCUCUCCUCGGAUCCUGGCCCUGUCCUUCCUCCCCCCUCCUCAGGCACAUUGCCAAAUGUUUCCAGUCUUCAUUACUUCUGACCCUGCCUUCUGAGCCAACCCAAGAUAACUGCAGUAGGGCGGGGAGGAAGGACACUCACUCGUCCAAAUUGAAACAAAAAAAAUAUAAAAGAAGCCUUUUUGAUUGACCAAGGGAAAUGGAACGUAUAUUCUGAUGCUGUUAACAGGGGGGCAGGAAGACGUGUUUUGAGGGAACUUGUUUAUCCCUCCCCCCAAUAGGGUGAGUAGCACAUGUUUUCUUAAAGCCAUUUCAUGAAGAAGGUACUACGCAAAAACAUCCACAUCAUGCAGUCCUUAUUCUGAUAAGGACUUGCACUUACACCUCCCCCCUCCCUCGACAUCUCUUGUCAGAAAAAAAAAAAAAGGCUGGUCGCCAUCUUUGCCUACAGAGCAAACGUAGCUAUAGUGUCGCAAGAAAAAAAAUGGUUUUGCAUUUCAAAGCUUCUGUUUUAUGGACGUGGGGUGGGGAUUACCCUGGGUUCUCAGAUUCCAUACAGCUACUACUUACUGCAAUAUUGUAUUAGCUUAAGCCUGGUGGUGUUAUGGGAUACACACCAUGUUCUCGUGAGCACAGGUAUUUUUACACAAGGACUACUUCAACGCAGUAGUAUUGGAUGGCAGAAACUCAGGACGGGAGUGAAAGUGGAUGCCAAAUCACCGAAGAAGGAAGAAGUGAUGUGUCUGACGUCGAGAUGAGAAUGUGAUCAGGGCGAGGGCAUUGGAGUAGUUUAUGGUGUGUCAGAGUGCUUACUGGUGCUUACCAAUGAGUAAGUACAAAAAGCCAAAUACAUACAAAAAUGAACCAGACAAACACUGGCCUUGACCCCCUAUUGCACACAAAGCUGAGGGAAUAGGGUUUCUUUGGAGACAUACCACAUGUACACAUUAGUGGCGACAGAAGGGCAGUCGUCCGGGUUACGUGAAUUUGCUACGUUCCCUUUCAGCGCCUCUACGUUGUGGAGCAGUGCCCUCAAAUGCAUGUUUCGAUGUUGGCUUGGGCUGUUUCGUCCGCGUGAAAUGAAGAGGGGUUGUCUGUGCAUGACUUAGUUAUCUGAGCAAUGUGACUUUCUUUCUCAAAGUAACAAAUCAACAAAACCUUUUUUUAAAAACAAGCACGAUGUAAAUGGCUAUCACUGACAUGAAGUAGCGUGUUCUCAUCUUGUCAUUUCAGUGACCGCUGGUGGAACCCUCUUGUGACGUAUACCUUAUUGCCUAAAGAACAAGCACAUGUGAUAGAUAUAGCAACAACCUCUUUUCUUCUUUUCCUUUCUGUUGGUUUCAAUAGAUAUGAAAAAACCAUCCAGUGUUUUGAGAGAAUGAUGAGCUAGUGUGUAACUUGUGUCUUGGUGUACCAGAUCUCCCCCGUGGUUGCUAUGCUGUAUUGCUAGAAAAACAAUGUAGAAUGUUCUGUGAUGGAAGCAGUUCUCUCUUUAUAUCGCGCACAGACAGUAGGAAGGUGUGGGCGCAGGUCACUUAAAGAGACACGAUUGGGAACAAAGAAGCCAUUUGUUUGAGAAAACCAAACAAUGUCUCUCAUUUGUGUGUUUGCUGCAUUUAGCUAUGAGAUUGUUGAUGUAUCUAUUGGUCACCUUGUACGUAUUGUUCCCUGUCUGUCUGUCUGUCUGUCUGUCUGUCUGUCAAGUCAAACUGAGCAUGAAGCUGGUGAAGCAACUCCAUGUUCACUUGAAACCAAUUUGAAGAAAUAGCUGUGAUGACGCUGCUAUUCUAUUUAUCACUGAUUUUUGAGUGUGCUUUUUGUGUAACUGCACUAUAGUCUUAAUUUGCCUCAAUAUGAUUUUGUUGUAAGGGUAUGUGUGCCUCUGCUAAUACAUCUGCGCCCAGUAGCUUUUAUUGCAAUUCAUUCCAGGGAAACCUUGGAUGAAAGUACUGUCUGUGACCCUCUGUCCCUGUCGGAGAUCUUCCCCAAGCAAACAGCACAGUAAAGCCAUGCCUGAUCAUGAUGAACUUGGUAGGAGGAAUGUAGCAUUUGUUUAGCCUCCUUUUAGGCCGGAAAUAUCAAACCUGUAAGGUCCCCUGUACUAUCCUUGUUACACAAGAUAAUACAUAGAAUACUUUUGUAUGAUGCUGCCAGAAAAACAAACAGACAAAAAACAUUUGUAAAAAUUGCAACUUUGCCAUGUAAUUGCACUAAAACAGGGCAUAGCUCUGUUGUCCAUCAUUUUCAAAGUGAUUUACUGUAGUUGAUACUGCGCUCACAUUAAAUUAUUAUCUGGGAAGAGCAAUUAUUUUUGAAAGAUAAGAGAAAUUUCAGAGGUCAUACUUGUGACUUGCAUGGUGGAGAUGCUGUUUUCUUCGGGAUUCUCCCAUACUGGUCUGUAAACCUUAUAGGUGGCGUGAAAUGUUCCAAACCCACCAGCUUUUCAUGACCUACAAACACCACUACAGUCGUGUCUGAUGAUAUAAAGAGAAAAGGACCUGCCUCCUCCUUUGUGGAGUUUUCUAUGGGAAUUUUUGAUAGUUUACACAGGGUGUUGUGAGUUGAAAUGCCUUAAGUAUUUAACAAUCAUAAUUUAUUACUAACUGUAGAUAUUGUGGGUACGUAUUUAAUUUUUUAAUAGUUUUUCUUUUGCAAUUUGAAUCAUAAUUUAUUUAUUUAGAAAUAACACAAAAAUGAUUAAAAAACUAUUACCUCAUUUUGCAUUGUUAUAUGGGAAUGCUUUGCAUGCAGUUGUAUUUUUUAGAAAACUGACAAACACAAACACAUAAAAAAAGGCAAAAAAUUUCAUGUUUUAAUUUACCUGAUCUGGGUUGUGUGAUGAAAAGUGUAUUUAUGUGGUGCUGUCAAUCUUGGUUACAUUCCAUUAAAUGCAAUUUCUAUGAUCCCCUAUGCUGUGAACUAGUGGACAACCUGCAAUAGAGUGGAAAUGGUUUUAGUACGUGUUAUUUCCUGUUUUGCACUCUUAGUUCAACAUGGCUACCCUCUCACUGGCAUAAUGCGAUUAUUCUAAAAUGUGCUCUCUAUCUACAUCUAUCUUCCAUCUCUGCUAACUCUUUCUCUCACUCACUCUUUCCUUUUUUCAAUCACAUUAUUAUUUUGUGACCUCUUGUGCUCCAUUGUAGAAGGAACCAUAUUAAAUGUGACCAUCUCUUAAGUGCCUCAACUUCAGUGGCAAGAGGAUUUUCAUAAUGCUGGGCCAAACUGACUUUUCUGGUCAAGCACAUUAAGUCCUGAUUUGAAAUGGAUGAAAAUUGUCUCAUUGGUAAAGUAUUGUCCAGUGAUGAGAUUUGCAUGACUCUGCCAAAUUUAAUUUAGCAAACUAAAUGAACAAUGUUACACAUACAUUUAAAUUGUACUGUGCUCACUUGCCAAUUUUCAAUCCACUGCAGUCUAGUCACUUUUACUGUAUGUCUGCUUUUUGCCAUUUUUACCUACUAUAGUGAUGUUGAAUCACUAUGCAGGCACCUCAAAAAGCUAACUGUUCUUUCGGGCAAAUGACAUGGUAAAACAAUAGUAAAAAUCGUAAAAUAAAAUGUAAUGUCUGUAGCGGGGUGGGUUUUGUUCACCCCAAACCCCACCCGCCCUAUUUUUUACAUUUUAUUUUACAUUUUUCUUCUCUCGAUGUAUCCACAAUGAUGCUGCUUCCUUCUGUGACAAAUUGUAGCUCAUAUCUUGCCACUAAGUCAUUAUGACCUAUUUCCUCCAGUCUGUGAGGCUGUGGAUGCCAGGUGUGACCUCCAGCCAAAGAGAGGCUUCAUUGCUGGGGGACAUGAUAUGUGCUGGGCACUUAUCCAGAACCUAUGACUCCCUCAGGGUCCUGUAUCACAUGCUUGACACAUGCAUCCACCUCGGGCAGACCAGGAAAGCUUUCUUUUUCAAAACAUCUUGGAUGAUGCCAUCACAUGCAGCCUCUGCUUGCUUUAUGUAAACCAAAACCUAUUCAAAACAAUGAAAAAGAAACAUGUUGACUGCCAAGUCAAUCAAAACCUGGAUUCGAAGCUAAUCAUAAACCCAGUGCACCAAAAACAGUGAGGCGUGUAACUAGAAGAGACUGAGCCCAUGGGGCUCAUCCUUAAGGCUGUUUUAUCGGUGUCUCCUCCUCAUCUGCACAGCGCAAACCUCUCUCUUUCUCUCUAUAUCUCUGUGACUCACAACCUCCACUUCCGCUAGCUCCACAUCCUCUCUUGCUCUAGAAACCGCCAGAUUGUUUGCCAUAGUAUUAUCUCAUUGUGGAAAACCAGGACAAAACAGUAUACCUUAAAGCACAACCUAUAUAAAUGCAUGUCUUUCUCAGGUUUAAAUAUAUACACGAUAAUGUAUAAAUAUAUGAUUUUUUUUUUAAAGAAUUGCAAAUAUACAAAGAAUAUUACGGAUGAUUAUUUGCUGCUGCUUGCUUUUGAAAAAUAAAGGAACAGAUGCCAGUGAAAGGGAGGCCCUCAUUCUUUUGCCCUUUGUACGAGAUACUGCUGUUUUGCUGUACUGCGCAAUGUUUUACAAUAUAGGAUAUUUUAUAGGAAAAAUAGAAAUAUUUAUCAUUAAUAUUAAAGCAAUAGUGCAUUAAUGGAUUAUGAUAAUGAUGAUGACGCUAAUGAUGAUGAAGAACUAGACCCGUGUAUAAUGUGUAAAAUUUUAGAUUCACUUUUGGUGGAUUUUGUACCUUAUUUAUUACUUCUACUAAUAAUAAUGAUUUUAAAGAAUUGCAUCGCUAAACCCAAACUGUUCUGUUUUUUAUUUUAUUUCAAGGCUUGUACAUUAUCCUUUUUGUAUGUGUUCUUUUUUGUAAUAAAUUGCAUAAA